GGAUUCUCCUCAUGGAUCCUUCUCUGAGGUCUCUGCAAUCUAGACGCCAAGGAAAUCCCUAAGCAGAGAUUUUCUGUUAGAUGAUAAAAGCGAGGAAUAAAAAUUGAACCUUUGGAAAAUGUCUCAACAUGUAUAUCAUCAUACCCGCCCAAGGGCCAUUUCCAGUACCCUGUUGGGUAAUGUAUCGAUGUUCUGUGCAAGACUCAGGACAAUUAAGAGGAAAGAUGUUCAAUGUCAGGCAUUUGUGAAGAGAUUCUUAAGGAGUAAACUGUUUAAGAUAAUUAUGAUUAGCACCAUCUCACUUAAUGCCUUUUUGGUGGUCUUGUGGACUGAUUAUAAAACAAGAUACAACUUGUUCACACUUUUUGAGGUCUCAGAGAUCUUCUUUGUGGCCAUAUAUAGCGCCGAGUUCUAUAUGAAGCUCUACGUGGACCCCAUUGACUUCUGGAAGGACGGCUACAAUCUGCUAGACUUGACCAUCAUCAUCGUUAUCUCAAUCCCCUAUGCCCUCCGCAAGAUCAAGGGCAAGCACUACCCUCACCUCAAGAUUGCUAAUGGCAUGCAGUCUCUGCGCAUCCUCAAGCUUAUCACCUACAGCCGGGGCAUCCGGACGCUCAUCACCGCCAUUGGGCAGACAUUCUACACUGUGGCCUCUGUGCUCAUCCUGUUCUUCAUCCUGAUGUACAUCUUCGCUAUCCUGGGCUUCUGCCUGUUUGGAGAUCCAGAUAAGGGUGACCUGAAAAACUGGGGGAACCUGGCUGUGGCCUUCUUUACCCUCUUCAGCUUGGCGACGGUCGAUGGCUGGACAGACCUGCAGCAGCAGCUGGACGACAGGAAUUUUAUUCUGAGCCGAGCAUUCACCAUCAUCUUCAUCUUGCUUGGCUCCUUCGUCUUCCUCAGCAUGUUCGUGGGUGUGAUGAUCAUCCACACCGAGAACUCCAUCAAAAAGUUUGAGCGGGAGCUGAUGCUGGAGAGGCACAUGACGCUCAUGAAAGAGAAGCAGGUGAUCGUGAAGCGGCAGCAGGAGGAGGUCAGCAGGCUGAUGAAGACACAGGCAAAUGUUGACUACAAAAGUUUUGGUGAGCUGGUGGAGAACUUCAAGAACACCCUGCAGCACACUGACCCCAUGGUCUUGGAUGAUUUUGCCACUAGCCUGCCCUUCAUCGACAUCUAUUUGUCCACUCUGGACAACCAGGACACUACGAUUUACAAGCUCCAAGAGCUGUAUUACGAGAUUGUGCACGUGCUGAACCUGAUGCUCGAAGACAUGCCCCAGAAGAAGCAGUCGCUUUCCUCAGCAAAGAUUGACGAGAAGUAGUGUGGCUGGGCACCCGGCGCCGAGGGCUCCCAGGCUGGGGCAGCCCCCAUUAAACACAGGCUUUCUGAA